CGGCAAAGCGCACCGGUCUUGGCCAACAAUGGCUUCCUCCACCCUCGCCUCCUCCCCAUUCCUCCCGUCGCUCGCCACCCCGAACCACAAGCGCAUCUCCCUACGCCUCCCCGCUCGCCGUCUCCCGGUAGCUGCCUCCGCGGCUCCUAAGGGCGCAGCGGCUGCGGAGGCGGCGAGGGAGCGACGGCGUUUCCUCGAGCGGUACGGCCUCAACCCUGACGACUACGAGGAAGAUACCGAGCCGGAUCCCAGGGAGGAAAGGAGGAGGGAGAGGCGGAUGCGGAAGUCAGGGAGAGGAGAGGAGGGGGCCGCGGUUGCUCCGGCAAGGCCGGUGGAGCGCCGGGAGACUCAUAAAAUGCUUCAGGUACUAGCGGGGAAAGUACGCAGAAGAAAAUUACUUUCACCAAAAGAUAGGAAUGUUCGUCCAAUGAUGGAAGUUGUCCGUGGAGCAGCCUUUGACAUUUUACAAUCAGCUGGUGGUUCUCCUGCUUCACUCAGGCCUGGUCUGUGGUUAGACUUGUACAGUGGAACUGGAUCUGUUGGAAUUGAAGCUAUGAGCCGAGGCUGUUCAGAGGCACAUUUUGUCGAGAUGGACCCUUGGGUUAUUUCUGAGGUCCUUAAACCUAAUCUGGACUGUACUGGAUUUCUUGGUGUUUCACACAUACAUAUGCUUCGUGUCGAAAACUUCUUGGACAAUGCUGAAAAAUCUAAAGGCUCAGGUAGAUAUCCUUCUUUUGAUUAUAUUAGCGUAACACCACCGUAUGUUGAGGUAAACUACAGUACACUACUGGAUCAACUUGCAAGGUCCCCGUUGGUUGGAGAAGAUUGCUUCAUUCUAGUUGAGUACCCUCUGAAAACAGAUAUGCCUGAAUCCUGUGGAGACCUAAUAAAGAUAGCUGACAGGAGGUUUGGUAGGACAAACCUGCUAAUCUAUGGGCCAACAUGGUCAGAGAAAAAGAAAGGACAGGUCCUGAGAUGAUUUGGGUAGCAUUGAGGCAAGUAUUGCACACAAGCCAUUUUGCAGAUCAGUACCGGCUGAAACAGACUGAUGUUGCAAUCAUGUCAUCCUAUAUCAUGGACAGUACCAAGUAAGGAAGAAGGCUAAUUAUUUUGCUGGUAUAGCCGGAGAAUGAUUUUGCAGAUCAUCAUCGUGCACGAUGAUUUUCCGUGUAAAUCUCCUACCGGAGUUAACUCACCUAGCUGGUCCAUAUGAAGAUGUCAUCUCACGUCGGGGAGUAAAAAUCCUGCCAUUUUGGUUCAGAGAUCCACAUCACGUAGGAAGGCAGGUCUCUCCUUUCCAAGCAUCAUCAUCCAGGAGCAGCCAUUUUGAAGCCAAGUUUCAUCAGCACCAUCCGGUAGGGACCUUUGCCCCUCUACGUUGCAAUUCUCCCAGCUCAUGCUUCCGGAAGAUAUUAUUUGCACCGUACAGAGACAGCAUUCAGCUGGCUGACUCUAGGUGUGUACCGUUCAGGCUAGAAAGAGCUAUAUCUUUCUGUAGAAUGGCUACGGUCCCUGGCUAAUAUUGGGAUCAGUAAACAGAGCGUGUUGGCUUCUGUAUUGUACUAGUACAUGCUUGUGACUUGUGCGCCAUUUUUCCUUUUGAAACUGACAUGAUAAAGACUUGCAAACA